GUCUCCGUGUCAUUGUCGCUCCAUAGCAUCCCCCCAAGAGUGAUCUGCUUUUCACGCAGAUAUUCUUAUUUUAAAAUGUCUUUUCAUCCCAAGUCAGUGACCAGGCCAGUCCAAAGUCUGUACCAAAUCUUUGAUGAUGCUUAAAAUUCUAAUUUCAUGAAAAAAAGAGAAACACUUUUCUGCACAAGCCCUUCAAGUCCCACCUUUUCUUCACCUCCUGCUCUUUUCCCAACCCGGAAACGCGCAGGCGGGUGAGUAGGGGUCUGCCCUGCCGGCUGCUGAUUGGAGUCACGCACCGGGGCUCAGUGCGCCCCAGUGUCUCGCAGGUGGCGCGGCCCUCGGCCUUCCCCCCACAUUCCGGAGCCCGGGAAGGGCGGCGGGUGGGAGCUCAGCCCCGCUCCGCCGCCGCCCGCCCUCGCCCAGGUGAGCGCCGCUCACUGGCCCGGGCCCAGAGGCCGGGACGCGUAACGCUGCUGGCAGGAGGGCGGGCACUGGAAAAGGCUUUGUGCUCUGCUGGGGCAGGGCUGGGUUUGAGCUCAGACAGGUUCCGAGGUGCCCCGGCUGCGCGGGGCCUGGGGUGACACACGGCCGCCGACUUGUUGCGGCCCGUCCGGGGGGACGCCCGCCCUCGCUCGGCUCCGCACCAGGCGCGGGGAGGCGCGGUCGGGCGGAAUGCGCUGCCCGCCGCCGACCUGACGCUCGCAGAUACCUCUCAUCAGUGUACGAAUGGACAUUUGAGAGUGCUCUUGUCAAACGCUUGCAAGCAUGGAAACCUCAUCGAUGCUGUCCUCACUGAAUGAGGAGUGUAAAUCAGACAAUUACAUAGAGCCUCACUACAAGGAAUGGUAUCGAGUAGCUAUUGAUAUGCUGAUUGAACAUGGCUUAGAAGCGUACCAAGAAUUUCUUGCCAAGGAACGUGUAUCAGACUUUCUAGCUGAGGAAGAAAUCAACUAUAUUUUGAAAAAUGUUCAGAAAGUUGUGCACAGUGUAGCACAUGGCAUUGAUAAUUGCUAUGAUGAUACCUCAUCUUCAGGGACUUACUGGCCCAUUGAGUCUGAUGUGGAAGCUCCGAAUCUUGACUUAGGCUGGCCUUAUGUGAUGCCCGGACUCUUAGGGGGCACCCAUAUAGAGCUCCUCUUUCAUCCGCCAAGAGCACAGCUACUCACGAUUAAGGAAACUAUUCGGAAGAUGAUCAAAGAAGCAAGAAAGGUCAUUGCUCUAGUGAUGGACAUAUUCACAGAUGUGGAUAUUUUCAAAGAAAUAGUGGAGGCAUCAACACGUGGGAUAUCUGUAUACAUUCUGCUUGAUGAGUUCAACUUUAAUCAUUUCCUAAAGAUGACCGAGAAACAGGGCUGUCAAAUUCAGCGUCUCAGGAAUAUUCGAGUGCGGACAGUAAGAGGCCAAGAUUAUCUUUCAAAAACAGGAGCAAAAUUUCAUGGAAAACUAGAACAGAAAUUUUUGUUAAUUGACUGCCAGAAAGUUAUGUAUGGAUCCUACAGCUAUAUGUGGUCAUUUGAAAAAGCUCACCUCAGCAUGGUGCAGAUAAUCACAGGACAACUUGUUGAGUCCUUUGACGAAGAAUUUAGAACUCUCUAUGCCAGAUCCUGUGUCCCCAGUUCAUUUGUCCAGGAAGAAUCAGCGAGGGUGAAGCAUGGCAAAGCACUCUGGGAGAACGGCACCUACCAGCGUUCGGUUUCUUCAUUAGCUUCUGUUUCCAGCCAAAGAAACCUUUUUGGUAGGCAAGACAAAAUUCAUAAACUAGAAUCUGGUUACUUCAAAAACAGAGGGAUAUAUACUGUCAAUGAACAUGAGAAAUAUAACAUAAGAAAUCACAGAUACAAGCCUCAUUUUAUUCCAAACUUUAAUGGCCCAAAUGCAGUCCGUCAGUAUCAACCCAGUCAGGUAAAUGAAAAUUGGAAGAGGCAUAGCUAUGCUGGGGAACAGCCAGAAACGACACCAUACCUGCUGCUUAGCAGGACUCUGAAUCGCAACGUGAAUCCUCCCAGCAAAUGGAAAAGGCCCUCAGAUAGUGUCAGUGUGGCAUCUUCCUCACAGGGAGGCUAUGCAGGCUACCACAACACACCUGCUCAGAGUUUUGCUCAUCGGCUUGCCCAAAGAAAAACAACAAAUCUUGCAGAAAGGAAUUCAAAUGUGCGGAGGUCUUUUAAUGGGACCGAUAAUCAUAUUCGCUUUUUGCAGCAACGAAUGCCAACUCUUGAACAUACCACAAAGUCAUUCUUGCGUAACUGGAGAAUUGAAUCCUACUUAAAUGAUCAUUCAGAAGCUGUACCCGAUUCAAAUGGAUCAGCUCUGGGAGACCGGUUCGAGGGCUAUGAUGGUUCUGAGAAUGUGAAAGCCAAUGCCGUUUAUACUCAUUCUCGGCUUCGUUCCUCUUUUGUGUUUAAACCAACUCUACCUGAGCAGCAGGAAGUUAACAGUUGUACGACUGGCUCUUCAAAUUCAACUGUCAUUGGUUCCCAGGGAAGUGACACACCUAAAAAGGCCCCAGACACCCCCACAAGUGCACAGCCCUUGACAGACAGACCCUCCCCAGAACCAAUCCCCAAGCUCUCAUCCCAGUCAGAGGCACCAAACAUGCACACCUUGCAGGUUCCUGAAAACCAUGCAACAACCUUAAAUGAAACUACAAAUGGCCAUGCAGAGUCAAACAGCUACUUAUAUACCACCUUGUGUAGAAACAAGCAGACAGAAAAUCUCAAGAAUGAACAAAAUGAGAGUUUGCUUAAAAGGCGAAGUUUCCCAUUCUUUGACCACUCCAAAGCCAAUUUAGAUCCUGGAAACAGUAAGCAUUAUGUAUAUAGUACCCUUACCAGGAAUCGAGUUCGACAACCAGAAAAACCCAAAGAGGAUUUGCUGAAAAGUUCUAAAAGCAUGCACAAUGUGACCCAUAGCGUGGAAGAGGAGGGGGAGGUUAUAAAGAGAGACUCUCCGAGUGACACUACAACCAAGUCAAUUUCCAUCGCUGCUUUGCUUGAUAUGAAUAAAGAGGAACCUAACAAAGAACUCACUUCAAAGAAGGAAGUCAAGAGUUCCCCGAGUUUUUUGAAAAAGGGAUCUCAGAAAUUGAGGUCAUUACUUAGCCUUACCCCAGAAAAGAAAGAAACUCUAUCUAAAAAUAAAGCACCUGCCUUCUAUAGAAUGUGCAGUAGCUCUGACACAUUAGUUUCUGAGACCGAAGACAGUCAAAAACUUAAAAUAUCAGAACCAAAAGUUGAUUCAUCUCCUAGAAGAAAGCGUUCUUCCCCCUCAAACUCUCAAGGAAGCAUCCACAGGAGUAAGGAAGAUGUAACCGUUGGCUCAUCUCAGGGGAUGAGUUCUCCAUCUGAUGAGAGUAAUGAAAUAAUACCUUCUCCAGGUCCAGUUGAAAGCAGGUUCUUGGAAAGGGCAGGAGAUGCCUCUGCCCCAAGAUUUAACACGGAGCAGAUCCAAUACCAAGAUUCAAAAGAGAGUAAUGCAGCUGUUGCUCCAGAAAGGAAACAAGCAGCUUCUCCAAGGCUGAGGCCCAGCGAGCUGCUAAGAUCUCAUUCAACUGAUCGGCGUGUUUACAGUCGUUUUGAGCCAUUUUGUAAGAUCGAAAGCCCUAUUCAGCCAACGAGCCAUGUGCCAAACACUGGUAUCCACCGCCCAGAAAUAAAAUCCACAACUUUGGGCAAUAGUUAUGGCAGGUCCAGCCCAAUGCUGAAUUACAACACUGGGGUUUAUCACACCUACCAGCCAAAUGAAAACAAGUUUCGAGGAUUUAUGCAGAAGUUUGGAAACUUCAUCCACAAAAAUAAAUGAAACACUGUAAUUGCAAAUAGAUAUUAAAAUACAAAAUGAAUGUGGCUAUAAAUAUUUGUCCAAAGAACACUGUGGUCAGUUCUUGUAACAGGCCAACCGAUUUGUAGAGGGACAGAAUUUGGGGUAUGAUAUAUAUGUUUACCAACAUACUUAAGUACAGUAAGGUGGUUCUGUGUGAUAAAGUUAUACUUAAUUGCACUAUAGAUGGAAUGUCUCUAUGUACAUGAUUUUUAAAUGGUAAUGGUAAAGAAAAGGUAAUUAAGUUGUUUUCUUCAGACUGAAGAUCUUAAGGCUUAACUAGAAACUUUAGUGCAGAGAUAGUGUAUGGAUUUUAACCAUUCGUUGAAAGUCUUUCCUUUUUAAAAAGGAUCAUAGUACUAUCAGGGCUUUUUAUAAUAAGUCUUUUUGGAGUUUUCAUACUUUGAAAUUAUGAGAAAAUAGGACAAAGCCAUUUUAGUCUUUAAUUACCUUUAAGUUCUACAGGAUAAUGUUGUGUUUUUAGUAAUGUUCUAUUGAUUUUCCUGCAGAGCCUAUGCAACUGGUUGGGCAGCAGUUCAAUUUAAAUUAUAGAACUCAACAGUCCUACAACCAUCCAGGAUGUGCUGCUUUCCACUCUGAACCAAGGGAGCCUUUACUCCACUCACCCAUCAGCUGCUAAUAUUUUAUAGUCAUUCCUUCCUUCAAACUUAUAGCAAGCCAGCAGGAAUUGGAAAAACUUGAGUUAUUCCUCUUCUCUUUCUAAUGUAAGAAAGCUUUUAGAAAUGUAAACUUCUGCAAUUUUUUUAAAUCUUGGAUUAGUAUGACAAUGUUUACAUGUUUUGCUUGAAAAAAAGUCUUUAUUCUUUAAUAUGCUGUGCCACUAAUGGUGUGACCGCACGGUGUUCUCAUGAGUACGGCGAUGAAAGUGAGAAAUGGCACCUGCCUUGUUCUUCUAGGAUCAUGGGGUCUGGCUGAACGUUUUAAGUCUUUCUGUAUCUUAAUUCGAUGACAAUAUUCAGAUCAUAAGAUACUUUUGCUUUUCUUAGAGUGAUGAAAUAACGACUCCAUAUCCAUUAUAAAAACUUGGCUCUAUAUCCACGGAGGACAGAAUUCAAGAAACAAUUUAUCAUUUGAGAAGUGUGAAGUGUUUCUUUGACACUUUGAAUAUAUUAUUUAAUAUCUCCUAAGUUGCUGACUGGGGCAGUAUGUUGUUGUUUUAGAAAUUUAAGAUUUAGUCAAAUAUUAAUAUAUAUGUCAUUAAAUAAUUAAAAUAAUAGCAUUUUAAUACCUUUACCUUGAAAAUACUUUUCCAUAGUAUUUAUAAACAUUAGGAAACCUGACAGGAGAAAAACACAACAGUGGGGGUGGGGAGAAACACUAUAUUUUUGAGCACUUACUGUAGACGAGGUCUUGAGCUAGAAUCUAAACUCCCCGUAAAUAUAUUUUUGUGGGUACCAUUGUCCCAAUUAUGUAUAGAUGAUGAAUCAGGUAAUAAAGACACUUAGACUCAGAAAGGUCAUGUCUCAAGUCACACAACUAAUAAGUAAUGGUACUAAAACAUCUAUAACAUUCUGUCAUAUGACAUUACCUCCCAAUGUGGUGAUAGCUGUAUCACCCAAAAUGUUGAGAGAAUGUUUAUAUUUUUCUGACUCAACAAUCAACCAAAAAGGUUGAGUUGAAUUCUUCCAGGUAACAAAGAUGUACAGGGUUUUAAAUAAUCAUAGUAGAUGAGAUGAGGGAUUGAAAUUGAGAUUAAUUUCUAAAUGUUACCAAGCAGGCCAGUUUUAAUUGCCAGGCAGCCAUUUCCAUCUCCUUCUGGAUAAAGAGAAAUGAAUAAGGCAUUACUAAAAUAUAGCAAGUUUUCCUGUAGAACUUAAAGGUAAUUAAAAACCAAAAAGGCUUUGUUCUAUUUUGUCAUAAUUUAAAGCUAUGAAAACUCAGUAAAGACCUAUUAUAAAGAGUCCUGAUAAUACUAUGAUCCUUUUUAAAAGGAAAGACUUUGAAUGAAUGGUUGAAGCCCUUCUGGAGAAGGCCAGCCAGGUACCACUUCUCACUGUCAUCUCCAUACUCAUGAACACAUGCAGUCACACCACCUGUGGCACAAGGAAAGGAGCAAAGACUUUAUGUGACUUAACAAUGAAAGAAACAUGAGUGAGUUGUAACCUGCUUUUGUGCUAUGGAAAGAAGUCUGUUAGGUUAGGAAGCUAGGAGGGUUGGAACCCAGUGUUAAAUGUAUACUUCAUUAAAUAUUCCCAGUAACAACCCUGGGAACUACCUCCUUUUUGCAAAUGAGAAAACAGCCUCAGAGAAGUUAUGUAACUCUCCAGGAGUUACACAGCUCCUAACUGGUACAACUGGGAUUUGAACACAAAAGCCUUUAUUUUUAAUCCUAUACCAUGUUCUACCUUAAUGGCUUGUAUACUCCACUAUGUUUAAGGAACCUUUUUUGAAAAUAACCAUCUCUCUCUUCACAAACUGCAGAACUAUACUAGUAACUGUACAGUGAUAGCAUUUUAUAAACAGAAAUCCAGAAUAUAAUACUCAGUGUUACAUCAUUCAUAAAGAGAUGUUUUAAAAUCGUCUAAAACAGAAUUCCCAAAUACUACAACAUGAGAUAAUAGGCUUUAGAAAGCUGAGUGUAACAGAUUAGAAAUUUUAAACACUUCCUAAUAAAUUAAUAGCAUAAAAAUAAAACUUUGAGAAGUCAGUUGUUUUUCAUUGGAAAGAAAGCCAUAUAUAUUUACCAAAAAGUUGAAUUAAAAAAAAUAACUUUUGAAAUGUGUAUUUCCUUAUCAUCAGAUAAGGAAUUCAGUUGCAGUAAGAAGAAUGUUUCUGUUACUGGAUUUAUUUUUUUAGUCAUCUGGAAAAAAUGGUAUGAUCUUUGUAAAUUUGUAUCAGAUUAUUAAAAAGCACUGAAUUGGGGUCCAGUGCAUGAAAGAAAUUUUUCAUUUUGUUCUUAGAAAAAUUCACCUCUGUAAUUAUGGACCUUAGUCCUUUACUCAUUUUUCAAGGGUAGAACCCACAGUAACCAAGCCAGGCUGACUAAUAUACUAAUAUUACCCAUUCUUUGUUAGUGUUAGAAGGGGCAUCUUUCAAAGCUGCAGAGAUAGGGGCUGGUUGUCAUUAGGCAGCUCUGAGAAAUGGCAAGUCCUGAAAUUUAGAGCAAUGCCACUCUAAAGCUGAAAUGACAUAAAGACUAAAGUUUCAGUCAUGUUUAAUUAUAAGCAAAGCCUGUUGCCUUUUUGUACAGCCACUGCCACCAUUUCUGGAAACACAGAUAGCUUUUAAACAGCUCCGAGUUCCUCCUCUCCCUAGUAGAAUUGGGAGUGCGGGAUCCUCUGUUCAUCCUCUUGUGAUAAGUAGCUUAGGCUUUUGCACAGCAGAUUUAUUCUCCUCUGCCUUUUUUCUUUGAUUAUUUUCCUUCUAUUUUUUUUUUCCUUCAGAAAUAUCUCUAGGUCAGAAUGUAUACAUGGUAACUUUCCAAAGUUUCUGUGGCUGAGAAAUUCCUGAGUUAAAACUGAACCAGCACAUAAAACUGCAAAUCAUUUAUUCGAGAGUUUGUUUCAACAGACAUUCCCAAGCUUCACGAAUGUAAUCAUUUCAAGUACUGUACUUUCUUUUCCUCCCCGUAUUAAUAUUGGUGGAAAGGUAAUGUCAGAUACCCUUUCCUAUUAAAUUUAGGUAAGGCAGUGUUUACUCUCUACAUUCAUUUGUAAGUAGAAACUCAAGAAAACAGGUACAGUUCCAAAGCAGCUCUUGAUAGUUUCAGAAUGGUUUAAGUGCCUGUAUCCUGAACCUGCUGAUAUCCUUCUAUUAUAACGACCGGGAUUAGCCACAAUCCUGAUGUGGUAUAUUGAUUUAUGGGUAUAUAUUGGCAGUCUGCAUUUGUGGAAGCAUAUGUCUUGCUUAAUCAAGAUGACAUCCAGUGUGCUCCAGAUAAGCAAGGAAGUUGAACUCUGGCUGCAUUAAACCUAAACUUCACUCAAGAUUAUCCAGUUAUACUAUUAUUACACAGAUAUUUGUCUUUUGUGAAUAUCUGUUAAUUCUUAUUGUGCCUAUGUUUAAGGGAUAUAAAGUCAAAUCAUUGUUUCGUGUAACUGAUGUGUGAUGUUCUCAAAAAUGUUUAUCAUAAUACAGUUUGGUUCUAGAAUAUUUAAAAAAAGAUGAAAUUAUAAACCAUAGAAUCAAUUUUUUAUAUACAUACAAUGUUCACAAAGAAGUAUUCUUCCAAAUUAACUUGUUUUUAGAUCUAAUAAAUAAAUAUUAAAUAAUUUUGUACAAACA